GAAGCUGCUGAAGGAACACCCUCCACCAACCAUCCCACAGGCUCUUGGGCUGAUGAUGAGAAACUUUUCUGCACACGUGUGUUAAUUGUGAGAUGGAUUUUCCAGGUUCAGCGGCAUUUAAUGGAGAGCAUAGACGCAACCUCUCACAACAUAUUUUUCCAAGUUGCGUUUGUGCCUUUCUGGACGAUGAUCCUGCCUAUGAGUGUUCCACAAGCCCUCUGACAGGCUCCCUUUCCCCGUGUCGCCGCAGCCCUCGGCUGCUUUCUAAUGGUUAUUACGUUUUGACGGAAGACAGUUUUCUGUCUGAUGAAGAGGGCAACGUGACACUGUCGCCAUCCCACACAAGAGUUACAUAUAAAGAGAAUUUAACUCGUGUAUUCAGGCGAAGGAAGAAAAUCCGUCGCUCUCUUGACAGCUUGUUCAAUCUCAGUGCCUCCAGCUCAUGGCUCAGCUCCACCAUUCCCAGUAACAUGGAUUCCUCCCGUAUAGAUGAUCCUUGGCUUGAUGGAUGCAGUAAACUAGAAGUCAGUCACAGUGAUAUUGGUGAUUCAGACUCUUCUUACGGACAUUAUAACCAUGCGUCACAAAGGCAAAUUCCACCACAUAAUGGAGCACCUCUCACCAAAGAUGAUGAGUUUCUUCAGCCUGAGAAACCAUUUAGUGCUUCAAAACCCUUCUCACCAUUUAUGGUAAAUGCAAACAAAGAAACCUUGAGCAAUGGAGAAUCCAGGACAGCGCAAAAUGUCGUCUCUCAGAUGGUUGCACUGAUCAUGUUUUUAAUGAUUUCAAUAUGUACAAGAUAUUUUCUGGGAGGAUUGCCUGCCACUUUGUUGCUGAUAAUUUUAGUUUGUCUUUUGUCUCAAGAUGCUGCUGUGUCAUCUUUCUUCAGUCUUGACACAUCUUUCAAAACCACAAAGUUUUGAAAAGGAAGAUAAACCUAAUAUGUCAUAACACAGACAGAAACAGGCGAAGAAGGGUAACCUAAGAAUCCAUAGUGUGGCACUGAAGUCCUUGCUCUCUCAGGCC